AGUCUCUCUCUCUCUCUCUAUAUAUAUAUAUAUGUAUAUAUUAUUAAAUGUAUAUAUAUAUGUGUACAUUUCGUAUUAUUUAUUCUUGUAAAGAUCUUGGGUUCGCGCACGAGCAUUUGCGAGGAAAAGAAUCUUCACUAACUCUGAUAUUUAUAAAGUAAGAUGAGGGGAGGGGGACUGUGGCAACUUGGGCAAUCAAUUACUCGCCGUUUGGCUCAUGUUGAUAAGAGGGCUAUAUCCCGUCGAUGCUUUGCAUCAGAAUCAGAUCUCAAGAAGACAGUUCUUUAUGACUUCCAUGUAGCCAAUGGAGGAAAAAUGGUACCUUUUGCAGGAUGGAGUAUGCCGAUUCAGUAUAAAGACUCGAUUAUGGACUCUACAUUGAACUGUAGGGAUAAUGGUAGCCUCUUUGAUGUGUCGCAUAUGUGCGGUCUGAGCCUCAAAGGAAAGGACUGCAUUCCUUUUCUUGAGAAGCUUGUGAUUGCUGAUGUUGCUGGUCUUGCACCUGGGACUGGGACUUUGACGAUCUUAACAAAUGAGAAGGGAGGUGCAAUUGAUGAUUCUGUGAUCGCCAAGGUGACGAAUGAGCACAUUUAUCUGGUUGUGAAUGCAGGAUGCAGAGACAAAGAUCUUGCACAUAUUGAGGAACACAUGAAAGCAUUCACAUCGAAAGGUGGUGAUGUUUCUUGGCACAUCCAUGAUGAGCGAUCCCUUCUGGCUCUGCAGGGUCCCCUUGCUGCCCCAGUUUUGCAACACCUGGCAAAGGAGGACCUAAGCAAGAUAUAUUUUAAUGACUUCCGAGUGUUGGAUAUCAAUGGGGUGCCCUGCUACCUCACAAGAACAGGGUACACUGGUGAAGAUGGAUUUGAAAUUUCAGUACCUUCGGAGAAUGCAGUUGAUCUAACAAAAGCUAUCCUAGAAAAAUCUGAAGGUAAGGUUAGAUUGACCGGGCUGGGUGCUCGAGACAGUCUCCGCCUUGAAGCUGGUUUGUGCUUGUAUGGGAACGAUAUGGAGCAGCACAUAACACCCAUAGAAGCAGGACUUACUUGGGCUGUAGGAAAGAGAAGAAGGUCAGAAGGAGGAUUCCUCGGUGCCGAAGUGAUACUCAAACAGAUUGAACAAGGACCAUCAAUCAGACGAGUCGGGCUUUUCUCCGCCGGCCCACCUGCCAGAGGUCAUAGUGAGAUUCAAGAUGAGAAUGGGCAGAACAUAGGGGAAAUCACCAGUGGAGGAUUUAGCCCAUGUCUCAAGAAAAACAUUGCCAUGGGGUAUGUGAAAUCUGGAUCCCACAAGACUGGGACUAAAGUAAAGAUUGUUAUCCGAGGGAAGUCCUAUGAUGGAUCAGUUACAAAGAUGCCUUUUGUUCCCAACAAAUAUUACAAGCGUUCUUAACUUUCCUUGGUGAAUCUUGAAAUUUCUUGAGCAACAGUUACCACUGAAACGUAUUCUUUUUGGUACAUUGCAGAUGACAUACGAUGUUCUUUAUCUUGGGAUGUUUGACGAAUGAAAUUGACACCUAUAGUUUUUUCAAUUAGUGACAUAUCACCACGCUGGACACCCUUUUUCUUGCUGUCAAUGACAGGAAUGUAAUCCCAUAAUCCUGGAGUAAUUUCUUCCAAUAUAAAUGCAUUCAUAUGUUGAUUUUA